AUGAGUGUUGGAUGUUUCUUACAACUUGUAGAUGAGAUGAAAAUAAGAGGUCUAUUAACUGAUUCAAGAACCCUUAGAGUUGAGGAACAGUUGGCUAUAUUUCUAUUUACGUUAGCUCAUAAUGAGAGGAAUAGAGUUGUGCAAAAUCGUUUUCAACAUUCAGGAGAAAUAAUUAGUCGGUAUUUUAACAAGUGCUUGAAAGCUUGUCUACAUUUAGGAAAACAGUAUGUCAAGCAGGCAGGAAGAAGUAUCCCGCAAGAAAUAUCCUCUAAUCCACUUUUCUAUCCUUGGUUCAAGGAUUGUAUUGGAGUUAUAGAUGGAACUCACAUUCCUGCAUUAAUUCCCGUGGAAGAGCAACCAAGAUAUAGAAAUCGUAAAGGAGUUCUUUCUCAAAAUGUCCUUGUUGUGGUAGAUUUUGAUAUGAACUUUCAAUACGUGCUUGCUGGAAGAUGUUACAUAGUUGAUGCAGGCUAUGCAAAUACAAAGGGAUUUCUAUCACCUUAUCGUGGUGUACGAUAUCAUUUAAGAGAAUGGAGCCAAACACAAGCACCACAAAAUGCUCGUGAACUCUUUAACUUGAGACAUUCAAAGCUUCGAAAUGUCGUGGAGAGGACAUUUGCUGUUUUGAAAAAAAAGAUUCCCUAUAUUAACGACUCCUCCUCCAUAUUCCAUCAAAAAACAAGGUUGGAUUGUGUAUCAUGUUGUAUACUUCAUAAUUUCAUUCGUAAGUGGAACUGGGACGAUUCAUAUUUUGAAGAACACGUGGAAGAGGAAAUAGAAGAUUCCCACAAUUUGGAUGAUAUUGAUUCAGAUUCAGAUGAAGAAGAACUUGGACGAGGACCAACAGAUGUUGACAAACAAUAUAUGUGCAAUCUAAGAGAUGGGAUAGCUCAACAGAUAUGGAAUGCUAGAGAAAUAAGGUAG